CCGUGGUGUCCCCUCAGGUGUCACGGCCAUCCGCCCCGAGGACCUGGAGUUCCCCAACACCAUGACUGACAUCGACUACGACACCUGGAUGCUCAGUGGCACUGCCAUCAUGCAGGACGGGAACACGAUGAGGAACAACUACGGCUGCGACCUGGACGCGCUGGGGACGGGGGCCCGGAUCGGGAUGAUGCGAACGGGCACCGGGGACCUGAGAUACUUCAUCGACGGGGCCGACCAGGGCGUGGCCUGCUCGGGGCUGCCACCAGAGGUCUAUGCCGUGGUGGAUCUCUAUGGUCAGUGUGUCCAGGUGUCCCUGACCGGUGCCACCGGCCCCGCUGACAACAGCCUGGCCCCCGGAGCCCCCCCGGAGAAGGCCUGUCCACCCCCCUCCCCAG